CUAUGACCUGGGUACUAUCGGAAAUACUCCGCGUACGGAGUACUGCACUGCUGCAUACAGCAUGCAUAAUCAAAAAUGCAGACAUCACAUGGAAAUUCCACAGAAGCACAUGAUGAUCGUCCUGCUUCUGAUAUGAAAUGCUUGUACGGAGUACUCCGUAGUAGGUGGAUGAUACUGAAUAUGGAUUUUGUUUACUGUUUUAUUUCUACGUACGUGAUUGUUGGUUUAUCCUGAUCCAAUACUGGGAAAGAUAUGGGAAAGAUAUGGAUGUAUGAGUGGUC